AUGGGUCCCGCGCAUGCGCUGUCGGGGCUGGUGCUGGGCCUGGUGCUGAGCACCGGGGCCGGGGCUGCGGGCGGCGAUGACGUCCUGAGCCGGGCGGGCAGUGCCGCAUGGGCGGCGCUAGAGGGCGCGCUAGGACCGCAGCCGCUGCGAGCGGUGAGCGAGUUCCUCUCCAGCUCCCUCUGGGCCAUCUCCUGCGGGCUCUCGGCUGCUCUGGGCGCGCUCUGUGGGAUCCUGGGGGAGCUCCUGGCGGCUGCUGGUGUCAGUGGCCCCCCCUCUCUGCUCGCAUCGGCCCCGGCUCCCCCCUCGGUCCAGCGGGCGCUGCUCUGGGCUCUGGCGGCGCUGGCGCUCUCGGGGCUCCGCUCCCUGCUGCGGGCCCGGCUCCAGCCCCUGCUCGGCCCCGCGCUGCGCUGCGCUUUCCUCUGCGCCUUCCUGCUGGUGGCGGGGUCCGCGCAGAGCCCCACGGCGCAGGCGGGGCAGCUCCUGGCUCUAUGGGCGCUGAGCUGCGCCCUCCAGGCCCUCCUGGGACCCCCCCCCGAGCGCGAUCCCGACCCCCGCCUGCAGGCGGCGCUCAGGAGCCUCGAGUGGAAAGUGGAGGAGCUGCAGAGGAGGCAGAGGUGGGGGGGGCCCCGCAAUAGGGAGGAGUGA